AUGGUAAAAGACGAAAUGACUUCAAUUUUGAUUUCAUGUGUUUUAUUUCGUACAAAAUUUAUAAUUUGUGGAAGAAAAGUGAUUUCCUUUAAUUUUAAGACUUGUUGUAAUAAAUCCAUUUCUAUCGCCAUGGAAAAUUAUUUGAAGAAACAAAAGGAAAAAUUGAAAGAUGAAAAAGGAGUUUUUAAAGUAGUGAUGGGAAAUGAGUCAUGUGAUUUAGAUUCAGUUGUUUCAUCGCUUGUGUUUGCCUAUUUCCUUUAUAAGGUUAAUAAAACUACAGAAUUUAUUGUUCCAGUUUUAAAUGUGUGUGGAAAAGAUUUACUUCUUAGGACGGAAGUGGUUUAUUUUUUAAAAAAGACAAAUAUAGAUCUUGAGCACCUGAUGUGUGAAGAGGACAUCAAUCUUCAGACCCUGAAGGACCAAAAUCGUCUUAAGCUAAUUAUUGUUGACCAUAAUGCAUUAAGCGAGGAGCAAACAAGUUUGCAAGGAACAAUAGUUCAAAUAAUUGAUCAUCAUAAAAUUAAUAAUCCAGAAACAAUAAGCAGAAUUGAUUCAAAGAUUGAAGAUGUAGGAUCAUGUUCAACUUUGAUUGCAGAAGAGAUACUUAAAUUUCCAAACCUUAUAGAUAGUCAGAUAGCAUUACUUCUUUUGGGUACAAUCUUGUUGGACACAGUAUGUUUACAAGAGAGUGCUAAAAGAGUGACUGAAAAAGACAAGGUUGUUGCUGCCAAAUUAGAAAAAUACAUUAAAGAUAUAAAUAAAGAAGAACUAUUCCAGGAAUUACUUCAUGCAAAAUUUGAUACUUCAAAUUUAUCUCCUGAACAACUGCUGAGGAAAGACACUAAAUAUAUUAGCAAUGGUGCAACAAAUGUUGCAAUUGCUUCACUGCCUUUGCUUUUAAAGGACAUAAUCCAAGAUGAUGAAUUUCUUCUUGCCUUGGAGCAAUUAUCAAUCCAAAAGAAUCUCUCAUUCAUAGUCAUCCUUGGAAGUCAAAUUGUGGAGGAUAACGGUCUUGUAAAGAGGCAGAUAGCUAUAUAUGACAAGAGUCAACAAUUUUUGAACAAAGUUACUAGCUAUCUUGUUGGUCUUGAAAAUCCAAGCUUGUGUCUUUGUCACGUUCCUGUGCCUAUCAGUUGUGUUCAUCUAUUUGAACAAGAAAACUCUAGUCUUUCUCGAAAAUUUAUUUUGCCUGCUAUUCAAAAACAUUUAUACUCUGAAAACUGUGUUACCUGAUGGUGUUGUGUGUAACAUUUAUUGAUGUUUUCAAAUUUUAAUAAUAAACUUUAAUUGCUGUUUUUCAA